AUGCAGCUAUAUGAUUGGUUUGUCCUAAUACUAUUGUUCUUUAUAAUUCAAAAAACCAAUACUUCAUCAAAAUUUUGCGAUGCAAUCGAUAAAUCACCUAACAAUUUGACAAAUCAAAAUGUACUUUUUGUGCAACUUCAAGAUGAAUCACUAUUAAAAAUCGAAAGUGUUUUGAGAAAUUUUUUCGAGUGUUAUGCAAUUGGAAUGAAUAUUCAGAAUAUCACAAUUGAGCAGAAUCCAAAUACAACAACAUGUGAAAUCGUGGAACCUUUGGGUGAAAAAAUACGUGAGUUUUGGGAUACAUACAGUAACCCUCAAAUAUAGAGGGAUUAGGAGAAGCAGCUGUUUGGAUACCGUAUCCUUUUUUGCAGAAUCUAGCAAUUUGGAAUGGAAAAUUAUAUUAUCCCCAUUUUUAUUGAUUUUGGAUUGCUCACUCGAAAAUAUGAUUGAGCAGAUUGAAAAGGUUCUUCCAAACUCAAAAAUUGGAACUAGUUUCGAAUUUCUUGGAAUUUGUGAAUCAACAGAGGCAUGCGAUUUCAUGAGCAAUUAUACGAAAUAUUACAAAAACAGAGUUAUCAAGAAAAAUAAACUUGCUUAUGAAAACUUGGAACUUUUUAUUGAUGAGAAAAAUGUAUCUAGUAAAUAUAUCCAACAGAAAUAUCACUAUUUCAAUCAUUUUCCAAGAGUUGUGUGAGUUUUUUUGACAAUAUUUUUUGACCUUCUCACAUAACAUUUUUUAGACACCUCAGUCGAUUUUGGGUGACAAUUUUCACACUUUUCGCCUUGUUCUUUUUCACACUUUUGGGAUUUUUCAUUUGUAUUUAUUCGCUUUUGUCGUAUGCUUUGAUUGAAGAAGGUGAGCUGAGUUAUGGGAAAUCAGAAAGGCGGCUUAUUUUGUUUUGUUUUAAAAUUAGUUGAAACCACCUGACUUUUAGGAAGUCUAAGUGGAAGUUAGAAAAAAAACUAUUGAAUUUUUGUUCAGAUUUUCAAACACGAAACGAUGAACGCGAGAAUCUUGCUCGAAUAAUCAAUCAACAACCACAACCCGAGCCAUUUAUUUUCCCUGAAAUUACUGAUGUUACAUCACAAUCAGAAGUUAUUCGAACUGACCAAACUCAAAGCACAACACGUAGUCCAUUGAAUGUUGAAACUACACAAAUAUCUGAACUAGUGAGUUAAAAAUGAAGCGAUGAGAACAUUUUAGUUUUCAGAUUUCAGGAACCACUAUUGUCGAGGAGCAGUGA